AUGUCUACUCAUGAAGUCGACGUACUUCUUUCCCACCUAGGAUACGAAGCAACCACCCACCGGAAACAACUGCAGGACCUGAAAAAUCGCAUAGGUAUUGCACACACACAUUUUGAUUGCUGGUUAUAUGCUUUCCUCGAGAGUAAGGAUUUUAACGUCCCGGAGACUAUAAGAAUCGUAGAGGAGCGUGAAACGAUGGAGAGAACUGAGUUGUGCAACUACACCGACGUCGAUACUGACAUUCAUAGCGAACUUGCGCGCGGAGUUGUCCAAAUCAUUGGGUCAGACCGACUCGGACGGGUCUGUCUGUACGUUUGCACCGCACGAUACGCAACAGGUGUAAAGAAUCACAGUGAAUACGUCAAGAUGCUUGAUGUUGUUAUGACGUAUGCAACAAGACUGCGUGAAGAAAAUAAGAGUUGCCGUGUAAUUUUGUUAAUAGAUCAACAGAACGCGGAGGUGUUAAAGAGUAUGGAGUUAUGCUUCCAAAAGACUGUUGCGACACGCAUUAGCAGGUUCUACCCGGGGCUCAUAGAGCGGGUCUUUAUUGUGAAUAUGUCCAAAAUCGCGGCGGUAGUAGCUCGGCCGCUGCUUAACAGAGCGUUGAAAGAUAUAUCAGGUUCUAUUGUCGUCGUGUCUGAAGCCGAACUACGCCGAGGUUUCCUGCUACAAUGGUUCGACCAAGCGGUUCUCCCUACCGAACUAGGCGGUGAACUUAAUACUGUGGAACCAGCGCGUUGGCGUGCGUUCGCAGACGCCGUGACGUGCCAUUUCUGUGAGUUACAGAAGGCCAUAAAGCAAGAUAAUUUAACUGUGAAAGAAUGGGAGCUGCAGCAAUUGCAACUGAGGGCCGCGGGGCGUCAAUUACAAUGCAAAGAUGGUGAAGCUGAACCUUUCGGUGAUAUCACGAAAGCAAGACACGAGUACGGCGACCGGCAUGAGAGAGGCAACAGAUCAUACGCCGAAGAACAAUACCAUCUGAUGAGAAACUACUGUUCUGUCCGCGACGAGAUAAUAAAGGUGGAACUCAUAAAGAGGAAUUUAGUUCUGAGGUCUAUGUCAGGAUGCUGCAAAGACGGAGAGCAAACAUGUCAUUACUUUCGUGAGAAAUACCGGAAGGUAAAGAGGCACCUUGCAGAGGAGAAACAUUAUCUCUUUUACGUGAAGAUAGCAGCUGGCGUGGCCGCCGCUAUACUUCUGGCCGCGGUGUUUUUUGUAUGCCGUGUCACACUCAUAUGGUGGGACUGGGUGCUGAGGGAGGACAUCACAACACUAAUAAUAGCAGUCGUCGCUGGUGCUUUUUCCGCAGUACAUUUGCCUUGGGGAAUGAAUGUGUAA